GGCGGGGCGGGGCGCGGCGUGCUGACGUCAGAUGACGCGCGCGGGGCGCUGCCCGGAAGCGGAAGCUGUCCGGCCGGCGCUGAGGUGCGGAAGCGGCUGGCGGAGGCCGGCGUUUCAGUUCGGUGGGCGGCGGUGGCGGGAGGGGCAGUUCCGGCCAGCCGCGGUCAGUCUCGUCUCGUGUCCUUCCCCUUCCCGGCGCCCCGCCAUGUCGGGCAACCUGCAGAAAGCGAUAGACCUUGCUAGUAAGGCAGCACAAGAAGAUAAAGCAGGAAACUAUGAGGAAGCCUUCCGUUUGUACCAGCAUGCUGUGCAGUAUUUUAUCCACGUCGUUAAAUAUGAAGCACAGGGUGAUAAAGCAAAACAGAGCAUUAGAGUGAAGUGUGCAGAAUACUUGGACAGAGCAGAAAAACUGAAAGAAUAUCUGAAAAAGAAAGAGAAAACUGCACCAAAGCCAGUUAAAGAGUCUGGUCCUUCUGAUGGAAAAGGGAAUGACAGUGAUGGGGAAGGAGAGUCAGAGGAUCCUGAGAAAAAGAAACUACAGAAUCAACUUCAAGGUGCCAUUGUUAUGGAGCGACCAAAUGUAAAAUGGAGUGAUGUUGCUGGCCUUGAAGGUGCCAAAGAAGCACUUAAAGAAGCAGUGAUCUUGCCCAUUAAAUUUCCACACUUGUUCACAGGAAAGAGAACACCCUGGAGAGGAAUUCUUCUAUUUGGACCACCGGGAACAGGGAAGUCUUAUCUAGCAAAAGCUGUUGCAACAGAAGCAAACAAUUCCACUUUCUUUUCAGUAUCCUCUUCUGACCUGGUCUCAAAGUGGUUAGGAGAGAGUGAAAAAUUAGUGAAAAACCUGUUCCAGCUUGCCAGAGAAAACAAGCCCUCUAUUAUCUUCAUUGAUGAGAUAGAUUCACUGUGUGGGUCAAGAAGUGAAAAUGAAAGCGAGGCUGCUAGACGGAUUAAAACAGAAUUUUUAGUCCAGAUGCAAGGGGUUGGUGUUGAUAAUGAGGGAAUAUUGGUCUUGGGAGCAACAAACAUACCCUGGGUUUUGGAUUCUGCUAUCAGGAGAAGGUUCGAGAAGCGCAUUUAUAUUCCUUUACCUGAAGACCACGCCAGGGCUGCGAUGUUCAAACUGCACCUCGGGUCAACUCCAAAUGUCCUAACAGAAGCAGAUUAUCGGGAGCUUGGGAAGAGAACCGAUGGCUAUUCUGGUGCAGAUAUAAGCAUCAUUGUACGCGACGCGCUGAUGCAGCCUGUUAGAAAAGUGCAGUCAGCUACUCACUUUAAAAAAGUAAAAGGACCAUCAGUGUCGAAUCCAAAUACCAUGGUAGAUUUGUUCACCCCUUGCUCUCCAGGUGAUCCCGAAGCUGAAGAAAUGACAUGGAUGGAUGUUCCAGGGGAUAAAUUACUGGAGCCUAAAGUUUCCAUGGCCGAUAUGCUCAGCUCACUAGCUAGUACAAAGCCAACAGUGAAUGAGCAGGACCUGGAGAAGUUAAAGAAAUUUACAGAAGACUUUGGUCAGGAAGGCUAAGCCAAAGAUGUCUGUGGGUCAUUAGAACUUUUACUUCCUUAGUAUUCUCAUCUUUAUCGAUGGCACUCCAAAUAAAUGCCAAUAAACUCUCCUUUCUUACUUUGCAGAAGGAAUAGAAGAUCUGUUUGCAAAGACCCUUAUGCUUUUUAUAUUGUUUCUUCAGAUGUCUAUUAAAUGUCUUCUAUUGAAAAAUAAUACCGAAAAUACAAUUUUAGCAAAGUGAUGUGGCAACUCAUUAAAUAUUUGUAAUUUUUAAAUGAUCAGUUUUAGCUAUUACAUUAGACCUGGGCACAAGCGAGUUUUGAACUUCUGGUAGGCUCAAGAAGAAACCCUUUUUUGAGGGUGCAAGAGUUCUGAUUGGUCAGGUGUUUUCAGCAGCAGUCAGCCUAUGUGUUAAUUACUUCUGUCAUUUAGAAAAAUGCAACAAGGUUGGCUAAUUGAGCAUACUGUGUGUGUUUGCAGUUGAAGUAAGAAAGAAAACACUGUGAGGAGAAGACUGUAUGAGCCAGUGCUUUGUUUAAACACUGAUGAACCCGGUAUUCGGCUUUUUCUGCUGUGCUGCGUUAAAAAUUUUGCCUUAAGCAGCAGGCUUUUGUUUUAAACUCCUUACUAGCUGAUACACAUCCCACUAUGCAACUGAACAAAGGUUCGUUAAAUGCAAGUAUGUGAAAGAUCUCCUGAUGGCUGGGUUUUUAAAUCUGGUUUUAUCAGAGGUUUGGCUACAGUUAGAAAAAAGCAUUGAGUAGUACUUGCAAGAUUCCGUGUGUCAAGGCUAGCAAAGUAUGGGUAGUCAUUGAAGAGCGUAAGGGAGGCAUUUUGGGAAGCAGCAUAGUGUCAGAGGUGAGGAGCACAGAGUAUGAUAUAGCCACAGACUUUGCAGUGAUAGGUUAGGUUAAUUCAGAACCCCGCUGAUCAUUAUUGAUACAGGUUACAUCAACUUCAUGCUUAAUCUUUGGGAAGAGGCUGGCACUUUAGUACCGAAGUAGCACUUCUGCUGAUUAUUAUUCUGAAGAACUACAAAUCGAAAUGUGCCUGAACUUACAACACUACAGUGUCACAGCAUUGAGUUUGUGCCUUGUAAGUUUGCACUGGCUGUAGAUGCGAAACAUCAUGAGGAUACCCAGAACGCUCUGUUCUGUCAUGGCUGUGCAACUCUGUUGUGCAUACGCUUUGUUUAACUUGCAUUAAAGGAAAAUUGCACAUUUCACGUGCAGAUGUCAUAUGUACAUAGGCACAUGGAUGAUUGUCUUUUUAUGGGUUUGGGUUUCCUCUGUGUACAUAUUUUGUGUACUCGAUAAAUCAUAGGAUGGGUGAAAUUUGCUGUGCUUAAAUGAAGUAAAAUGUACAACAUCAGUUAUGUUCUGUGAUUAUUCCUUCCAUGUUACUUUCAAGGAUUUAUCACUUUUGUUUAGAUUUUUGUUUCUACGUUUGACAGCUAAGCAAAAUACUCAGACAGAUUCUUUCAUCUGCAAGGUGCUGAGCUUUUGUUUACUAACAAUGAAAUGUUCUUUCCAAAGGCAUUCAGUUUCACACAGCUUUACUUUGGUCUCGCACUGGAAAAUGUGAAUGUGAUUCAGUGGGCUGCAGACCUUUUUGUGGGCAAGCAGGGAAAUUCCAGUGUAGAUGCAAGCUACUGUGAUUUGUAAACUUAAUCUUAGUUGCAGCAGGUUUGUUCUCAGUUGCCUCUGCUUGAGAAGUGAGCCACACGCUGGCAGGGUUCUCACCUGGAGGUUUGAAGCUACUGUCUGAAUUACUUGUUAAUUGACCUUUUAAAUGACAGUCCUUAUGGCAAUCUUAAAAUUCUCAGGAAACGUGUUUCUUUGUUGUUGUAGGUCUGUUUGUCUGAUGGGUUUCCCUAAACCUAACUGUGUAAUCCCUUAUCUUUAACGUAGAAAAGUAUACUGUAUGUUUUAAACCUGCAUCUUGCUGCUUGCUCGGUUGUGGGGCGACAUCUGUAAUGGAAACAUUGUUUGGUGUUUCAAAGUUGUUUUUAGAAAUAUUCCAAAUAAACAGUGCUGGUUAGAACUGCAGCUCCAAGGGUAACUUUUUGGUUUGCUGUUUUUGUACAAUGAGAAUAAGUUGAUAUAUUAUCACAGAUUCCCAGCUAAGUUAUCCCAGAAGAUGUAGCUGAACAGCUGCAGGAGGCAGGGGGGAGCUGUCAUUUACUUCAGUUUUCAGGGUUAAUCUAAACUACGAGUUCUACUCCAAAGGUAAUGCCUCCUAUUUUAGUAUAUCAGCCCAUGGUGUCAGAGGCAGAUGUUGGUGGUAUGGCAGUAGUGUUCAACUUCCUACCAGUAUUCCAUGAUGUGCUCUUGCCGUGCGACAGAUGGCAGCAGAGGGGCAGUCUGACAGAAUGGCAUUUGGCAUAGGAGUGUAAAUGAAGCAGAGGUGUGUCAUGGAAUUCCUCCACACAGAAAAAAUUACACCUGUUGACAUUCAUCGAUGCUUGCUGAAUAUUUAUGGAGGCCAAGCAAUGGAUGUGAGCACAGUGAGGCAGUGGGUGGUGCGUUUCAGCAGCAGUGGCAGUGGGGCACCUCCACUGGUGCAGGUUUCUGUGAGCACAGCAUGCGGGCUCUCGCUCAUUGCUGGUGAAAAUGCGGAGCUAAUUGUGAUGACUAAGUUGAAAAGUAAUGUUCUGUAGCUGAGAAUAUGCUCUAUCAAACAGUGUCACUGUGCUCUUUGUAUCAGUUGUAGUUUCUGUGGAAAUAAAUAGGAGGCGUUACUUUCAGAGCAACCUCUGUACUCUGAACAGUGCUGCUCGGUUUAUAGAUGAUUAAAGGUUGUAUUUGCUUUACAUAACCAGAACCUCUAAGCAGUGGAUAAACGACUUGUAUAUCUUUCAUGCUGUCAGCUGUGACUAGUCUUUGACUACUUGGCCUACAUUUUUUUCCUAACUUCUAGUGCAAUUGCUACCUCUGACUGUAAUAUGAAAAAAUAUUUCCAAUGGGUAAAACAGUUUUUAAAUCA